AUGAAGGUCUCCCUUGCCCUCCUUAGCUGCGUGGCAGCCGUUCAAGCCCACUUUGCCUUCAUCCCAAUCCCGCCUCCUCUGAGAAACGAAGAUGAGGAUGGUUCUCUUACCAAGCGCGCGGCGGGUUUCUUCGAACAGCUCAUCGAUCACGAUGCUCCUGAACUGGGAACCUUCCAGCAACGGUACUGGUAUAACGCUACCUAUUGGAAGGGACCUGGCUCGCCGGUCGUCCUCUUCACGCCCGGUGAAGUCGCGGCAGAGGCAUACAGUGGAUACAUCACAGACCGCGCCCUGCCGGGACAGAUUGCCAAGGCUGUCGGUGGUGCUUCCAUCAUAAUUGAACAUCGAAACUGGGGCACUUCCUCACCCUACGCUAUUCAAAACUCCAAGACUCUCCAGCAACACACAAUGGCGAACGCCGUAAAGGACUUGGCCUACUUCGCCCGUACCGUUGAACUUCCUUUCGACACAAACCACAGCAGCAACGCGCCGCAAGCCCCCUGGGUUACCACCGGUGGAUCGUACUCCGGCAUGCUCACCGCUGCCGUCGCCAAGUUGGCCCCUGGAACUCUCUGGGCUUAUCACUCUAGCAGUGCCCCUGUCGAGGCUGUGUACGACUACUGGAGCUAUUUCCUUCCGAUUCAAAAGGGCAUGCCCCAAAACUGCAGUCGGGAUUUUGAACGCAUGAUCGACCACAUCGACAACGUCCUGCUUUCCGGAAAGGAUGAUGAGAUCUACCAGCUCAAGAAGAAGUUUGGCAUGCAGGAUCUUUCACACAACGAUGACUUUGCCAGUGCUCUUGUCGGCCCUCUUGGCCUCUGGCAAUCAAUCCAGCUGGACUCUGGCUACUCUGAUUUCUUCGUCAUGUGUGAUGCAGUCGAAGGUUUCACGGGCAACUUUACAAGAAACGCAACGAGACCCGGCGCGGACGGCGUCGGCCUUCCGAAAGCACUCGACAACUUUGCCAAGUGGUGGACCUCGUCCUACCUCCCGGGGGCUUGCCCGGACUAUGACUCUCGAGCACAGAAUUCCACCGCAAUCGAGGAUUGCUACGGCAGCUAUGAUCCCACAAGCUCGAUAUACACCGACUGGACCGCCCAAAACCCAGUUCGCCCCUGGUACUGGAUGCUUUGCAACGAGCCUUUCUUCUUCUGGCAGGUUGGUGCACCCAAGGACCGUUCUUCUAUCGUCUCUCGCCUCGUCACUCCAGAGUACUACCAGCGCCAAUGCGAUCUCUUCUUCCCCAAGGAGGGAGAGUUCACCUACGCCUCAAACCACGGUAAAACCGCCCAGGACUCGAACAAGGAGACCGGCGGCUGGUUCUUCACCAACACCACUCGCUUGAUCUGGUCGAAUGGUGAAUUUGACCCCUGGCGUUCGGCUUCCGUCUCCAGUGAGCUCCGUCCCGGCGGUCCACUCCAGUCUCGCCCCGGUGCUCCGGUCCACGUCAUCCCUGGCGCCCGCCACUGCAACGACAUGCUUAUGAGAAAUGCCGAGGCAAAUGCUGACCUUAAGGCUGUUAUAGACGCUGAGAUUGAACAGCUGAAGACUUGGGUUGAUGAGUUCUACGGUGGCAAGAACAAGACUAGACGUGGCUUCUAA